AUGUUCUAUGUCAUUGGACUUGGCUUGGCUGACGAGAAGGACAUCACCGUUCGAGGGCUAGAGGCUGUCCGAUCCUGCCGCCGUUUAUACCUGGAAGCUUACACAAGCAUGCUGCUUGUACCAAAGGAACAGCUGGAAGCUUUCUACGGGACAAAACUUAUCGUUGCCGACCGGGACAUGGUGGAAACGGAGAGCGAUGCAAUCCUUGAGGGAGCAAAGGACGUCGACGUGGGCUUUCUAGUCGUAGGGGAUCCUUUCGGGGCAACAACUCAUACCGAUCUGCUGCUGCGAGCAAGGGCUCUGGGUGUCCCGAGCAGAGUGAUCCACAAUGCUUCCAUCAUGAACGCCAUCGGUGCUUGCGGUCUGCAAUUAUACAACUUUGGACAGGCCGUUUCAUUGGUGUUUUUCACAGAGAACUGGAAGCCAGACAGCUAUUAUGAUCGGAUAAAGGAAAAUUCAGAACUGGGUUUGCACACGCUAGUGCUUCUGGAUAUCAAGGUCAAGGAGCAGAGUGAGGAGAACCUGGCGCGAGGGCGGAAAAUAUACGAACCUCCACGAUACAUGUCGAUCCCGUUAGCGGUGGACCAAUUGCUCUACACAGAAACGCAGCGCCAGCAACGGGUUCUUUCAGCCAAAGAAACUCUGGCAAUUGGGAUGUCCAGAGUGGGCUCAUCAAAGCAACGCAUUGUCGCUGGAACGCUGGAGGAGCUCCAAGGCGCUGGUGAUAUAUUUGGCCCCCCUUUACACUCCCUCGUAAUCGUCGGGAAGAGGUUGCACCCACUCGAAGUUGAUUAUGCAGAAGAAUCAGCGAUCAACAAGGCCGAAUGGAGGCGAGUUGCUCAACAAGUGUAUGGGUGUCGGCUUGACGAAUGA